UUCUUUCAAUGUGCCCAAUAUUAUGAUCCAAAAACCUGUCAAUGGGAUUGACAUACUUCAAUUGAGUAAGAGUAUUUUCAACAAGACUGGGAAUAACGACUUAAUGCAUCCAAUUAAAUUUUUAAAAGGAACUGAGUUCAGUAGUCUUGUCACUAGAUUUAAAAUAGAUGGAAUAGAUUUGGACGAUCUGAUCUACACUAAUGGGGAAGAAUCAGUGGAUGCUUUAAAACUGAUGUCUAAUCCUAUUAUGUCAAAUGUGUUCGUAACUGGUCUGGUCAAUGGAUGCGAUCUUCAACAGAUACAAAAGAAUGCACUCUACGCCAACAAACCGGCACAGGUUGUCCAGGAAGAGAUAACUGUAGAAAAUAUCGACGUGAUUGGUGAUGUUUACGUUGAAGAUGUAAUGAAUCAAGUGCCAGUGCAUGACUUGAUCAAGAAAUUUAUAAUGCUGACAGGGGACCAAGUCGUAACAUCAGACGUAGUUUUGGAAGCUGGUGGGCAGGCUGCAAGUUUGAACCUGGCUGAAGGCAUUGCGGACUUCAAUUUGCCUUUCAUAAUGAGUGACGCGGUUCGACGGUCUGUACCACAAGACAUCAAUGGCUACAAGAAGUUUAAAUCUUUCACAAGCGAAGUCCUCGAUGCUAAAGAUCUCUUUGUAGCUGGAUAUCUACAGGGGAUCGACGCAAACGACCUCUUUGAAAAUGUGGUCUUGAAGCAAGGACUCCAGUACGUUGACAGUGAGAAGAUAUUUAAAUCUUUCAAGACUGAUGUAGCCACGGUGGAAGGACACUUCAAUGGUCUCCUAUUACCAGACGACAUAGUUCGGGUAGACACAACAGAAACCAUCAAUAGCACAACAUAUUUCAUGUCCGAUUUGAUUGCGGCAUCUGACGUUGACGUUCAUGGCAACUUGGAUGGCAUAAAUGUGACCAGCCUUUUGCAAAACCGGGUUACUUUGUCUACAGACCAGGACGUGAAUUCCAAAUUGAAAUUCCAAUCUGAUGUCUCGGUGCGAGGUGAUUUGCUAAUUGAUGGAAUGGUCAAUGACGUCGCAUUGGAUAUGGUGGCAAAGAAAUCUAACAACAUUCCCCUUAAUGGCUACAAAGUAUUCGUGAGAGAUUUUCACAGCGAUGGAUCCUUGGCUGCAUCUCCAAUUAAUGGCCACAAUGUUCAUUCUUUGGAUCAGGCUAUUGUAAAGCACAAUAGAGAAGAAUUUGUGAAGGAAUUGCAGCUAUUUAGCAAACCUUUAGAAGCUAGAAGUUAUCUCUUCUCCGAUUUGAUUAACGACAUAUCACUUUCUGGAAUAACCUCGACAUUCUUCGAAGCUGUCAACAGUUUAAAUGGAACACUGAGUUACCUGAAGAAUUUGAGUUACGAGUACUGGCAACAACUUAGUGAGCAUCUGAAUGUGGUGCACAAUAAAGUAUCGAAGUUUGCAUAUUUCAUUUUACUGCAAGAGAUUAAUUUGGGUCCAACCAUGAAAAUACUGCAAGGAUAUCGCUUAGAACACUCUACGAGUGAAUUCUCCCAUUCUAUGGUCAUAUGGACAUCUCAGAAACAAUGCACUUACCUUGAAAGAUGCUGUCACGAGGAAUACUCUUACUGGAUAAGGGUGAAGAAGUCUGGUCACUUGAUUGUGGACAGCGAACCAGAGCCAGGAAGAUUAUAUCCAAUACCUGAUCCAGUUCUCACUCCAACGCGAAAAGACUUCUUCAUAUGGACGAAUGCAAGAGGUUUUCAACCUAAAUGGUGCAAUGAUAAGAGGGACGAGAAAAUGAAGCUUGCAUCUUUAACAGAUUCCAAAUACUUGGAUGUAUUUAUGGAGAUUAAGAAUUCACCAACCUUGAGUGACAUAAAAUCAUUCAGAAGAGUCCAUUUGUAUGCUGUAGCCGGAUUCUAUUAUGAUAGAAAAGAGGGUGUUUACAGCAACGCUGUAGUCUACAUAUUCAACGAAGUAAAACGUGAAUGGUCAGAGCAUCAAAUCCUGCCCUCUUCAGGCGUCUUAUCCCUGGAUGUCACUCGUGACUCAGAAGACAAUAUCUUAUUGGCUAUUGGAUCGGGAAUAGGGUCGUAUUCAUCUGUCUACAAGUGGGAUGACGCUCAACAUGAAUUUAAGAUCUUGCAAUAUGUUAGCUCGACGUACGUCACAAGCACAUUAUGGCUGAAACGUGGACAGAUCCAGCUUCUGGCCAUGGCCAACGUGGACGAGUGGCCCAGCAAAGAAGGUUUCUGCACUGAAAUGGUUUCUGGUGGAGAGAUAAAUAUUUAUACUUACGACUACAGCAUUCAAUGGAUUCAAAGCAUUCCUUUGAGUGGAGUGAUUUCUUUAGUGCACUUCACUUUCGAAG